AUGUCGCACUAUGACAAGCUGGUCAAAGGCGCGACGAAGCCCAAGCAGCUUCUUCCGAAGGCCAAGUACAUGGAGCCCAUCCUUGCGAGUGCGUCGAGCCGGGAUGGCGGCCUCCAGGACGUGUUUCGGUCCUUGUCCUACCGGCUGCAGGACCCCAACAGCACCGUCGUGAUCAAGACGCUGAUUGUCGUGCACACGAUGAUGCGCUCCGACUCUUCGGUGACAGUGCUCUCGUACCUUGCGGGAGACCCGAGCGCGCUGCGCCUGCGCCGCGUCGCGACCGGCGGCCUGCACGAGUAUACCUAUUCGAAGACCCUCACAAGGUACGCCGCCUACCUCGAGCACCGCAUCGUCGGGUUCAAGGAGCUGGGAUACGAUGUCGUGCAGGCAAGCAAGCGCGACCGGUUUGCGCGCUUGCGCAAGCUCAGCGUCUCCAAGGGCCUCUUGCGCGAAAUCAACCUGAUCCAGCGGGUCAUGAACUCGCUCUUGGAAUGUGCUUUCUUUACAGAGGAAAAGCAGGACGAGCUGACCAUGUCGGCCCUCCAAAUGACACUCAAGGACCUCUUGGCACACUACAUGGGAAUGAACGAGGGGAUUAUCAACAUGCUCGAGCACUACUUUGACAUGAGCCGCAAGGACGCUGAGCGCUCGCUGGAGCUGUACAAGCGCUUCUGCUGGCAGACAGAAAAGGUGGUCGCGUUCCUCAACUCGUCCAAGCGCCUGUCGUACUCGCUGCGCUCAGCCGUCCCGUCGCUGAAACACGCGCCUUUGUCGCUCGCAGGCGCAUUGGAAGAGUACCUCGACGAUCCCAACUUUGAGGAGAAUCGGUCUGAGUACCUCCGCAACAAGGGGGGGAAGGAUGCCAAGCCCGACGUGCUUUCCAGGGCCAAGGGCGAGAGCAGUAAACCGGCUCCCAAAGACGAGCCCAAAGGAAAGGAAAAGGAAGAGAAGGAGAAGAAGGAGAAGGAAAAGGAAAAGGAGAAGGAUGCAGCGCCAAAGUCUGGAAACGAGUCGAGUCAACAAGCACUGCAAGACUUUUUCGAGGCGCUCGAGCAGCCGAGCGCGACGCCGUUCCAGGCAGCGUACUCUUCGUUUGCAGGUUUCAACGCACAGCCGGAUUGGUUCAAUGCUCCGAUGCCGACGGGGCCUUAUGGUAUGGUCGCGCAACCAACUGGCUUUAAUCCGUUCGCGCCGAUGCCGACAGGUGCGCCGAUGAUGCCGCAAAUGACGGGAUUCAACCCUUUCCAGCAGCAGCAGAUGCAGCCGAUGUUUACUGGCGCGCAGCAGCCGCUGGCGCCGCAGCAUACGAUGGCAACGACGCCGUUCGAGAGCAUCUUUGGCCAAAUGUCGCUGGGCGGCGGUCAACCGACUCCGCAGGGACAGGCCAAGAGCGCGGGGCCGGCUGCACAGGACGGCACGUCGCCAUGGGGAGCAGGGUCCAUGGGGCCCCAGCCGACUGGCCAGCAGCAGCAGCCCUUUGGACAGCAGCAGCAGCAGCAGCAGCCCUUUGGUCAGCCGCAACAACAGCAGCCUUUCGGUCAGCAGCAGCAGCAGCAGCAGCAGCCUUUUGGCCAGCCUCCCCAGCCUGCUCAGCAACCGUUUGGCCAGCAACAGCAGCCUUUUGGCCAGCCUACGCAGUCGGCCAACUCUGCGCCCCCGAAACCUGAUACCUCUAAUACCAAGGUCUCGUUUGCACAGCCGUCGCAAACCAUGCCUCCUGGCUCGAGUGCGCCGCGUAUGAAGCCGCAAAAGACGGGAUCGAUGAACCCUUUCUCGAUCCCCAGCGACUUUGAAGAGCCGGUGCCGGUUGUCGAGCAGCCGAAACAGCCGUCGCUGAACCAACUGGCGCACCAGAACUGGUUCGGCAACAAGGCGCCCGUGCACGAGCCGGAGAGUAUCCAGCCCGAGCCGAGCGCGCCCAAGACCAACGUCCCGCAGGCGACCGGGCUGAUGGGCAGCGUUGCGUCGGAGUUUGCACGGCCCCAAGACGCGUCGAGCUCUGCGCAGCUCCCGCGCUCGCAGACCAUGGGUCACUUGGAUGCACAGGCUACUGGAGCCAAUGCGUUCCAGCGCUCAGGCUCGGGUGUGUUUGACCAAGGUCGUCCGAAUGCCUUUGGAUCGAACAAUGCGUUUGCGCCGCAGCCGACGGGUCUGAGCGGAAGCGGCCCGAGCGGAUCCGAGCAGCCGAAUGCAUUCGGUGCGGCGGGCUCAAGUGCAUUUGGGUCCGGCCUCGGUGCAUUUGGCUCGCAGUCAACGGGAUUGGGUUCGGGCCUCGGCGCGCAGCCGACAGGACUGGGCUCCGGCCUUGGUUCGGGUCUCGGUUCCCAGCCCACUGGCCUUGGCUCGGGUCUUGGCUCACAGCCUACUGGACUUGGCUCGGGUCUCGGUUCGGGUCUCGGUUCGGGUCUCGGUUCCCAGCCCACUGGCCUCGGCUCGGGCCUCGGCUCGCAGCCUACUGGACUUGGCUCGGGUCUUGGCUCGCAGCCCACUGGCCUUGGCUCGGGUCUCGGUUCGGGUCUCGGUUCGGGUCUCGGUUCCCAGCCAACUGGCCUCGGCUCGCAGCCCACUGGCCUUGGUUCGCAUCCCUCGGCCUUUGACUCGAAUGCUGGCCUCGGCUCGAGCGGUCUCGGCUCGCAGCCUAUAGGCCUCGGCACAAACGCCAACCUCGGCACGAAUGCGGGCCAAGGCGGUCCCUCAGCUUUGGGUUCUCAACCCACGGGUCUCGGUGGUUCGUUCUCUUCUCAGCUCCCUGGCCUGAGCUCCCAGCCCACCGGCCUCGGACACCAGCCUUCGUUUUCCUCGCAGCUCCCUGGUUUGAACACGCAGCCUACCGGAGCGUCGCCGUUCCGGAGCGCGACUCAGCCCAUCCAGCCUGGAUCUGACUUUGGCUCGCGUCUCGGCAGUGGCUCGUUUUCCUCGCAGCUCCCUUCGCAAGCCACCGGGACCAACCAACUGCCGUCGAACUUAAGCCAGGCCUUCUCCCCGUCAGGCCGGAGCAUGGCCGGCCUCGGUAUUUCUCCUGGGUUCUCUUCUCAGACUACUGGAAACCCAACGUCGUUCUCUACUGCCAACACACCUGCGCUGAGCGUUGGCUCGCCGACCUUCCCCAACCCCCACGGAUCGCCGCAGCCGCUGCACGGGCAGGCGACGGGUCUCGCGGGCAUCAAACCGUUCCAGCCCACAAGCUCGUUUGGACACAGUCUACUCACGGGCGGUGCUCAGCCAAACCAGCCUACGGUCAACACACAGAGCGGGCAGGGCCAGGUGCCUACCCAGGACCUGCUGCAGCUCUAG